AUGCGGGCCCUUAUUCGCCUCCCAAUCUCCCCUUUCCCCAUCCCGUACUCCCCUGACCCCAUCCCGUUCUCCCCUUUCCCCAUCCCGUUCUCCCCUUUCCGCAUCCCGUUCUCCCCUUUUCGCAUCCCGUUCUCCCCUUUCCGCAUCCCGUUCUCCCCUUUCCGCAUCCCGUUCUCCCCUUUCCGCAUCCCGUUCUCCCCUUUCCGCAUCCCGUUCUCCCCUUUCCGCAUCCCGUUCUCCCCUUUCCCCAUCCCGUUCUCCCCUUUCCGCAUCCCGUUCUCCCCGUCGUGCCUCCCUUUCUCCCAUUCCUGCCUCCCCUUCUCCCAUUCCCACCUCCCGAUCUCCCUUCCCUCGUUUCCCUCGCUUCCCUCCCUUCCCUCGUUUCCCUCUGCCCAUCCCUGCACACCCCUCUCCCCAUCCCUGCACACCCCUCUCCCCAUCCCUGCACACCCCUCUCCCCAUCCCUGCACACCCCUCUCCCCAUCCCUGCAUCCCCCUCUCCCCAUCCCUGCAUCCCCCUCUCCCCAUCCCUGCACCCCCCUCUCCCCAUCCCUGCAUCCCCCUCUCCCCCAUCCCCCUCUCCCCGUCCCUGCAUCCCCUUCUCCCCAUCCCUGCAUCCCCCUCUCCCCAUCCCAGCAUCCCCCUCUCCCCGUCCCAGCAUCCCCCUCUCCCCAUCCUAGCAUCCCCCUCUCCCCAUCCCAGCAUCCCCCUCUCCCCGUCCCUGCAUCCCCUUCUCCCCAUCCCUGCAUCCCCCUCUCCCCAUCCCAGCAUCCCCCUCUCCCCGUCCCAGCAUCCCCCUCUCCCCAUCCCAGCAUCCCCCUCUCCCCAUCCCAGCAUCCCCCUCUCCCCAUCCCAGCAUCCCCCUCUCCCCGUCCCUGCAUCCCCCUCUCCCCAUCCCAGCAUCCCCCUCUCCCCGUCCCUGCAUCCCCUUCUCCCCAUCCCUGCAUCCCCCUCUCCCCAUCCCAGCAUCCCCCUCUCCCCGUCCCUGCAUCCCCCUCUCCCCAUCCCUGCAUCCCCCUCUCCCCAUCCCUGCAUCCCCCUCUCCCCGUCCCUGCACACCCCUCUCCCCGUCCCUGCAUCCACAUCUCCGCCUCUCAUUCUCCCAUUCUCUCCCUUUCCUCCCUUCACUCCCUCCCCUCCCUUUUUUCCCAUCCAUGGUCUCUUCCUGCAGUCCCUUCCGUCCCCUCCCUCCCUUUCCUCCCUUCCCUCCCUUCCCUCUCUUACCUCCCCGCGAUUUCCCUUCUCUCCCGUCCCGCCGUUGUCUCCCUUCCCUCCCUUCUCUCCCUUCUCUCCCUGCCCUCCCUUCUCUCCCUUCUCUCCCUUCCCUCCCUUCUCUCCCUUCCCUCCCGUCUCUCCCUUCCCUCCCUUUUCUCCCUUCCCUCCCUUCUUUGGUUUCCCUCCCUUCUCUCCCUUCCCGCCAUUUUCUCCCUUCCCUCCCUCCUCUCCUUUCUCUCCCUGCAUCUCCCUUCCCUCCCUGUUGACCUUGCACAAAAGAAAAUGUCAUUUUCUACCCAAGCAUUCUCCGAUUAUUCGGCCAGAUACAAUGACAAUGCUCUCCGCCUCACGACAGCCAUGGAUCUUGCCCCUGAGGACGAGCCGCAGCCAUGGUCUCGGGAUUUUCAUGCGAGGUGA